CACCGCUGGGGGAGAUCAGAGAGGGGGGAAUUCACCCCAACACAGGCUCCUGGGGAAUUCACCCCAACACAGGCCCCUGGGGAAUUCCCCCCAACACAGGCCCCUGGGGAAUUCACCCCAACACAGGCUCCUGGGGAAUUCACCCCAACACAGGCCCCUCGGGAAAUCCCCCCAACACAGGCUCCUGGGGAAAUCCCCCCAACACAGGCUCCUGGGGAAUUCACCCCAACACAGGCCCCUGGGGAAUUCACUCCAACACAGGCCCCUGGGGAAUUCACCCCAACACAGGCUCCUGGGGAAUUCACCCCAACACAGGCCCCUCGGGAAAUCCCCCCAACACAGGCUCCUGGGGAAUUCACCCCAACACAGGCACCUCGGGAAUUCACCCCAACACAGGCCCCUGGGGAAUUCACCCCAACACAAGCCCCUGGGGAAUUCACCCCAACACAGGCACCUGGGGAAUUCACCCCAACACAGGCCCCUGGGGAAUUCACCCCAACACAGGCCCCUGGGGAAUUCACACCAACACAGGCCCCUGGGGAAAUCCCCCCAACACAGGCUCCUGGGGAAUUCACCCCAACACAGGCUCCUGGGGAAUUCACCCCAACACAGGCCCCUGGGGAAUUCACCCCAACACAGGCCCCUGGGGAAUUCACCCCAACACAGGCCCCUGGGGAAUUCACCCCAACACAGGCCCCUGGGGAAUUCACCCCAACACAGGCCCCUGGGGAAUUCACCCCAACACAGGCCCCUGGGGAAUUCACCCCAACACAGGCCCCUGGGGAAUUCACCCCAACACAGGCCCCUGGGGAAUUCACCCCAACACAGGCCCCUGGGGAAUUCACCCCAACACAGGCCCCUGGGGAAUUCACCCCAACACAGGCCCCUGGGGAAUUCACCCCAACACAGGCCCCUGGGGAAUUCACCCCAACACAGGCCCCUGGGGAAUUCACCCCAACACAGGCCCCUGGGGAAUUCACCCCAACACAGGCCCCUGGGGAAUUCACCCCAACACAGGCCCCUGGGGAAUUCACCCCAACACAGGCCCCUGGGGAAUUCACCCCAACACAGGCCCCUGGGGAAUUCACCCCAACACAGGCCCCUGGGGAAUUCACCCCAACACAGGCCCCUGGGGAAUUCACCCCAACACAGGCCCCUGGGGAAUUCACCCCGACACAGGCCCCUGGGGAAUUCACCCCAACACAGGCCCCUGGGGAAUUCACACCAACACAGGCCCCUGGGGAAUUCACCCCAACACAGGCUCCUGGGGAAUUCACCCCAACACAGGCUCCUGGGGAAUUCACCCCAACACAGGCCCCUCGGGAAUUCACCCCAACACAGGCCCCUGGGGAAUUCACCCCGACACAGGCUCCUGGAGAUUUCACCCCAACACAGGCCCCUCGGGAAUUCACCCCAAAACAGGCUCCUGGGGAAUUCACCCCAACACAGGCUCCUGGGGAAUUCACCCCAACACAGGCCCCUCGGGAAUUCACCCCAACACAGGCUCCUGGGGAAUUCCCCCGAACGCAGGCUCCUGGGGAAUUCCCCCGAACGCAGGCUCCUGGGGAAUUCCCCCCAACGCAGGCUCCUGGGGAAUUCACCCCAACGCAGGCUCCUGGGGAAAUCCUCCCAACACAGGCUCCUGGGGAAUUCACCCCAACACAGGACCCUGGGGAAUUCACCCCAACACAGGCCCCUCGGGAAUUCACCCCAACGCAGGCUCCUGGGGAAUUCUCCCCAACACAG